UGUUCCCGUCUGCAGUCGCAAAGCCAGCAACGCAAUUACAUAGGAGAGCCACUCUCAGUACAACGACAUAGUGACUCGACAAUAUAGUGCGGACCACCUUAAUCCCGAAUUGAAUUCCUUUUUUUCGCACAAUCGUCGUAUUUACAAUUGUGGUUAAUACUGACAUCUGAACACUACGGUAGAGGAGCGGGUUCGCAUUGGGAAGGGACCGAGAAGGAUUAUUGAUGUCCAGCUCGCCGCUGUCCAAGAAGCGUCGCUUGUCAGGAACAGAGACGAAGACGGGAUCCCACUGCUCCUCCUCUAACUCUGUCAGAACUGAUCUGUCCCACACACCUGCCAACGGCAUGGCUAAGAAUGGCAAUGAUGCUGAGAUUGAUGAAGGGCUGUACUCCAGACAACUUUAUGUGUUGGGCCAUGACGCUAUGAAGCGCAUGCAGAUCUCCAAUGUCCUCAUCUCAGGUAUGAGAGGCCUUGGAGUGGAGAUAGCCAAAAAUGUCAUUUUGGGAGGAGUUAGAAGUGUCACUGUACAUGACCAAGGUGUUGCGGAAUGGAGAGACUUGUCAUCACAGUUUUACCUUCGGGAAGAGGAUCUAGGCAAGAACAGAGCAGAAGUCAGUCAGCCCCGCCUGGCUGAACUCAAUAGCUAUGUUCCUGUGACAUCCUACACUGGAGCGCUCACUGAAGACUACCUGACAAAGUUCCAGGUGGUAGUGUUGACUAACUCCACCCUGGAUGAGCAGCAGCAGAUGGGAGAGUUCUGUCACAGCAAAGGAAUCAAGCUGAUUGUUGCAGACACACGUGGGCUUUUCGGUCAACUUUUCUGUGACUUUGGUGAAGACAUGGUCGUGUACGACACUAAUGGAGAACAGCCAUUGAGUGCCAUGAUUUCCAUGAUCACCAAGGACAGUCCAGGAGUUGUGACAUGCCUGGAUGAAGCUCGUCAUGGUUUUGAGAGUGGAGACUACAUCACCUUCACAGAGGUUCAGGGCAUGACAGAACUGAAUGGCUGCCAGCCAGUGGAAAUCAAAGUUCUAGGUCCUUACACGUUCAGUAUCUGUGACACAUCUGGAUUUACAGACUAUGUAAGAGGUGGAAUUGUCUCACAGGUCAAAAUGCCCAAGAAGAUCUCAUUUAAAUCCAUCUCUUCCUCCAUGGCUGAGCCGGAAUUCCUGAUGACAGACUUUGCAAAGUUUGAUCGUCCAGGACAACUGCAUGUCGGCUUCCAGGCUAUCCAUGCCUUCCAAAAGAAACACAAUCACCUUCCUUCUCCUUGGAGCCAGGCUGAUGGUGACGAACUCCUGACAUUGGCCAAGGAGGUGAACUCUGCCCAGACAGGGUCAGCCAAGUUGGAGCAGCUGGAUGAAGCUCUCAUCAAAAAGAUGUCCUAUGUGGCUGCUGGUGACCUAGCUCCUGUCAAUGCCUUCAUUGGGGGUCUGGCUGCUCAGGAAGUAAUGAAGGCAUGCACAGGGAAAUUUAUGCCCAUAAUGCAGUGGCUGUACUUUGAUGCCCUGGAGUGCCUGGCUGAAGAUGAGGGAUUCAUGCUCACAGAAGAGGAAUGUGCUCCUAGGAGCUGUCGUUAUGAUGGGCAGAUUGCUGUAUUUGGCACUAAGCUGCAAGAUCAGCUUGCCAAGCAACGCUACUUCCUGGUUGGAGCCGGUGCCAUUGGCUGUGAGCUGUUGAAAAACUUUGCCAUGAUUGGACUUGGUGCUGGAGAUGGGGAAGUCAUUGUGACAGAUAUGGACACCAUAGAAAAAUCAAACCUCAACAGACAGUUCCUCUUCAGGCCUUCAGAUGUUACGAAAAUGAAAAGUGACACAGCUGCUGCUGCAGUGAAGCAGAUGAACCCUUCUAUCAAGAUCACGGGUCAUCAAAACAGGGUGGGGCCAGACACGGAGAGAAUCUAUGACGACGAUUUCUUUGAAGGCCUUGAUGGAGUGGCCAAUGCACUUGAUAAUGUUGACGCACGUAUGUAUAUGGAUCGGAGGUGUGUUUAUUACCGCAAACCUUUGCUGGAGUCUGGUACUCUGGGCACCAAAGGCAACGUCCAGGUCGUCAUCCCCUUCGUCACAGAGUCAUAUAGCUCCAGCCAAGAUCCACCUGAGAAAUCCAUCCCCAUCUGUACUCUGAAGAAUUUCCCAAAUGCCAUUGAGCACACACUGCAGUGGGCUCGAGAUGAGUUUGAGGGACUGUUCAAACAGCCACCAGAAAAUGCCAUGCAGUACCUCACAGAUCCCAAGUUUAUGGAGCGUACUCUGAAACUUCCUGGAGCUCAGCCUGUGGAGGUGCUAGAAGCUGUACACAAGAGCAUUGUUACAGACUGCCCUCAGAACUGGGCUGACUGUGUAGCCUGGGCACGUAACCACUGGCAGUGCCAAUAUAGCAACAACAUUCGCCAGCUACUGCACAAUUUCCCGCCAGAUCAGCUCACCAGCUCUGGUGCCCCCUUCUGGUCUGGCCCAAAGAGAUGCCCUCACCCCCUAGAUUUCAGCACUAGCAAUGAGCUGCACAUGGACUAUAUAGUUGCAGCUGCAAACCUGUUUGCCCAGACAUACGGCCUCCAAGGCAGCACUGAUCGUGCAGGUGUGAUAAAGAUCUUACAGGAGGUUGAUGUACCAGUGUUUACGCCCCGCUCUGGGGUUAAAAUUCACGUCUCUGAUCAGGAGCUGCAGAACAGCAAUUCCUCUGUUGAUGACUCCAGACUGGAGGAGCUUAAGUCCCAGCUACCUUCCCCUGAGGCUUUCCAAUUUAAAAUGAACCCCAUUGACUUCGAGAAGGAUGAUGACACCAACUUUCACAUGGACUUCAUUGUGGCAGCAUCCAACCUGAGGGCGGAAAACUACGACAUUCCACCAACAGACAGGCACAAGAGCAAACUGAUAGCUGGCAAGAUCAUUCCUGCCAUCGCUACAACCACAGCUGCAGUGGUAGGCCUGGUCUGCCUAGAGCUCCUCAAGAUUGUCCAAGGCCAUAAGAAGCUGGAGUCAUUUAAAAAUGGCUUCAUGAACUUGGCCCUGCCUUUCUUUGCCUUCUCAGAGCCGAUCGCUGCUCCCAGACACAAGUACUACGAAACUGAAUGGUCAUUGUGGGACCGAUUCGAGGUCACAGGAAUGCAGCCUAAUGGGGAGGAGAUGACACUCCGACAGUUCCUGGACUACUUUAAAAAUGAGCAAAAGUUGGAGAUCACCAUGCUUUCUCAGGGAGUGUCCAUGCUCUAUUCCUUCUUCAUGCCUGCUGCCAAACUCAAAGAGAGACUGGACCUGCCGAUGACUGAGAUUGUGACCAAGGUGUCCAAGAAGAAGCUUGGCAAGCACGUGAAAGCCCUGGUGUUUGAGUUGUGCUGUAACGACCUGUCAGACGAAGACGUGGAAGUGCCCUAUGUCAGAUACACCAUCCGCUGAGCUCCGUACAGAACCCAUCCACAAAGGGUGGGGUUUGCAGGGGGGAGAUGAGGGGAGGGGGUUAGAAUUGAGGAGUUGGGGGUGGGAGGGUUGAUCCAGGUCAGCUCUAUGGGAUCAAUCAGUUGUGUUUUUUUUUUUUUUUUUUUUUUUUUUUUUGGGCCUGUGGUUUGUGUAAACCUGUGCCUGAGUGUACAUAGUCCCAGUAAGCUGACUAAAGGAUAUGUAUGUGUGUUAGAAAUCCAGUUGUUGCUAGGCUCUGAGAACAGGGGUGACACUGGAGGAAGGGAGCAUGUAUACUGGACCUUCUGUUUGUAGCAGAACCUUUCCACUCAGUUCAUUUCUAAGCCUCGGCAUUACCUUGAAUCUUCAUAGCCUAACUACACCCCUCUGAAACAUCCUUGCACUCCUAACCUGCCUUCAGCACUAAAGGAGGGAUAUUUUAAUGCAGUCAGCUGUCUCCAUCCACACUACCUGCUCUCUUCCUUCCUCUAAACCCUGAUUCUUAAGACUUGGCCCCACAUUAAUUUUUUUUUCCUGUCACCUCAAAGACACAAAGUAAGUUCAGCAAAUAAUCCCAAACAUCAUGACAUAAAAAUUCAUUUUACCCCCAGGCCAUCAUCACUGCCCGUAAUUUUCCCCGAGACCCCAAAUUUGAAACUGUGGAAGCACCUGAAGACAAAGGCCCAUUCGUGACUGGAAAAAUGUAAGUGCUUCUCUGGCACAAUGGCACAAACAGGAAAGGAUCCAUUACUAUUUUACGGUCUCAAGCGUUUCACCCUUACACUCACCUCAUUUAUCACUGGCUUUGUGGCUUUGAAGGGGCUCUUGCACAUGACAUCAGUUUUCUUCAUCUCUCUUUAUAUUUCAUGUGUUUUAUUUUCUAUUUUAUUUUUGGGGGAGGGGACAGAGUUUCGGUGCACACACCUUGUAGAUCAUAAUCUGUCUUCUUUCUACUUUGUUAACUCCAAAUGACAAACAGUAUAAGCAAGGCAAUGAGAUGUAUCUUGAAAUGGGAGCACCUAGUGUGAUAGUGAAUAAACAUGUAAAAUCAUG